UGUUGCUGAGUCGUACAUAUUGCGAUACUGAGUCUGAUCGUUGCGUGUACAUUGUCUUUUGCAUAAAAGUCAAGUGAAUAAUGAGUGAGCCAAAAAGUGAAGAUUUGACAACAGCAAUCCUUCGAAAGAAGGAUAAGCCAAACAGAUUAUUAGUAGAUGAAGCUACUGCUGAUGACAAUUCUGUUGUGGCUCUUUCACAAGCGAAGAUGGAUGAGUUACAACUUUUCAGAGGAGAUACAGUAUUAUUGAAAGGAAAAAGGCGCAAAGAAACUGUUUGCAUUGUUCUUUCUGAUAAUUCAUGUCCCAAUGAAAAAAUUCGCAUGAACCGUGUUAUAAGAAAUAACUUACAUGUACGCUUAAGUGAUGUUGUUUCUGUACAAGCAUGUCCAGAAGUUAAAUAUGGAAAACGCAUUCAUGUACUACCAAUGGACGAUACAAUAAGUGGUCUUACAGGAAACUUAUUUGAAGUUUACUUAAAACCGUACUUCCUGGAAGCAUAUCGUCCUGUUCAUAAAGAUGAUAACUUUAUUGUACGCGGUGGUAUGCGUGUUGUAGAAUUUAAAGUAGUGGAAACAGACCCUGGGCCGUUUUGUAUUGUAGCUCCUGAUACAGUUAUUCAUUGUGAAGGUGAUGCUAUUAAGAGGGAGGAGGAAGAAGAAGCAUUAAAUGCUGUAGGUUAUGAUGAUAUUGGUGGUGUUCGUAAACAAUUAGCUCAAAUUAAAGAAAUGGUAGAAUUACCUUUAAGGCAUCCAUCUUUAUUUAAAGCUAUUGGAGUUAAGCCACCUCGCGGUAUUCUUUUAUAUGGCCCACCAGGCACGGGAAAAACUCUUAUUGCUCGUGCUGUUGCAAAUGAAACUGGAGCAUUCUUCUUUCUUAUUAAUGGUCCUGAAAUUAUGAGUAAACUUGCUGGAGAAUCAGAAAGUAAUUUAAGAAAAGCAUUUGAAGAAGCAGAAAAGAAUUCACCAGCUAUAAUUUUCAUCGACGAACUUGAUGCUAUUGCUCCAAAAAGAGAAAAGACUCAUGGAGAAGUAGAGAGACGCAUAGUGUCUCAACUGUUAACAUUAAUGGAUGGUAUGAAACAAAGUGCCCAUGUUAUUGUAAUGGCUGCUACUAAUCGACCUAAUAGCAUUGAUCCAGCAUUACGUCGCUUUGGACGUUUUGAUAAAGAAAUUGAUAUUGGAAUACCUGAUGCCACUGGCCGAUUGGAAAUUUUAAGAAUUCAUACAAAAAAUAUGAAGCUUGCAGAUGAUGUCGAAUUAGAAGAGAUCGCAGCAGAAACACAUGGGCAUGUGGGAGCUGAUUUAGCUUCAUUGUGCUCUGAAGCAGCAUUGCAACAAAUUCGUGAAAAAAUGGAUCUCAUCGACUUAGAAGAAGAACACAUAGACGCUGAAGUUUUAUCUUCCCUUGCUGUUACCAUGGAUAAUUUCAAAUUUGCCAUGACUAAGAGUAGUCCAAGUGCUCUACGAGAAACUAUUGUUGAAGUUCCAAAUGUUACAUGGGAUGAUAUUGGAGGUUUACAAAAUGUUAAAUUGGAAUUGCAGGAAUUAGUACAGUAUCCAGUUGAACAUCCAGAUAAAUUCUUGAAAUUCGGUAUGCAACCAUCAAGAGGUGUAUUAUUCUAUGGGCCACCUGGCUGCGGUAAAACUUUAUUGGCUAAAGCAAUAGCUAAUGAAUGUCAAGCAAAUUUUAUUUCUGUGAAGGGUCCAGAAUUGUUAACAAUGUGGUUUGGUGAAUCUGAAGCUAAUGUCAGAGAUGUUUUCGAUAAAGCAAGAGCUGCAGCUCCUUGUGUAUUAUUCUUUGAUGAACUUGAUUCUAUUGCCAAAUCUCGUGGAGGUACGAUAGGGGAUGCUGGCGGAGCAGCAGACCGUGUAAUUAAUCAAAUUUUAACAGAAAUGGAUGGUAUGGGUGCGAAAAAAAAUGUUUUUAUUAUUGGAGCCACUAAUCGUCCUGAUAUUAUUGAUCCCGCUAUUCUUCGACCUGGUAGGUUAGAUCAAUUGAUUUAUAUACCAUUGCCAGAUGAAAAGUCUCGAGAAGCAAUUUUCAGAGCCAACCUUCGAAAAUCACCUGUAGCGAAGGAUGUAGAUUUAAGCUAUAUAGCUAAAGUAACGCACGGCUUUUCGGGUGCCGAUAUAACAGAAAUUUGUCAACGUGCAUGUAAACUUGCUAUUAGACAAAGUAUUGAAACUGAAAUUCGAAGAGAAAAAGAACGUGCUGGUAAUCCAUCUGCAUCUAUGGAUAUGGAUGAAGAUGAUCCUGUACCAGAAAUAACUAGAGCUCACUUCGAGGAAGCAAUGAGGUUUGCGCGACGUUCAGUGUCUGAUAACGAUAUUCGAAAAUAUGAAAUGUUCGCACAGACGCUUCAGCAAUCACGUGGAUUUGGCAGUAAUUUCAGAUUUCCACAAAGUGGAGCAAGUGGCGCUCAAGACACAACACAAGGUGAUCAAACCUUCCAAGAUGAUGGAGAUGAUGAUCUUUACAGCUAAAUCUUCUUGUUUGUGUACCUCAUUACAGUGAGCAUGCGACAAAAGGGCCUGUCUAUUCUACAAAAAAUACUUUGUGUCUUUAAACACAAAUUUUACAGAAAAAUAAUUCUAAGAAAUUGAUAAUACAAAAAUACAUAAAUCUAAUACAAU